GCUCAAGACUCGCCGUGCUGGUCAAGAUGGCGUCCAAAGAGGCAAAUAGCACCAUCUACGUCGGCGGCUUCUCCGGCGACACGACCGCGACCCAGCUCCACGCGGCCUUCAUCCCCUUUGGCCCCAUCCUCGACCUCCAGCUCCCCUCGGACCCAGAGCACCGCUCGCGCCACAAAGGGUUCGCGUUCGUGAGCUUCGCGAGCCCCGAAGCGGCGCUCGACGCCGUCGACAACAUGCACCUGAACUCGCUCCCCGGGCCGAGCAACCGAGGGCGCGUCCUCAAGGUCAACAAGGCCAAGCCGCAGAAGGGCGCCAAGUUGGCCGGCAGCAACAAGCCCAUUUGGGCGUCCGAGGACUGGAUCGCCGAGCACGGCACGCACUCGCUGCAGGAGGCGCAGAUGGGCACGCCCUUUGCGCAGGAGUUGGCGGCUGCCGAGGGCGAGCCGGCGCAGCAGGGCGAGGGACAGUGAGGGCGAGGCUCUCGAGGCCGGACGACGACGACGACGACGACGACGAGGGCGGCGAGACGCAGUGCGGCUUGUGUAAACUGAUUGUACAAUGCAUAGGAUGUGCCAAUG